AUGUCUGUAGCCGGCAGAGUUGCAAUUGUGACCGGAGCGGGCCGCGGGCUGGGAAGACUGUAUGCUCUGGUUCUGGCUGAAAGAGGCGCCAAGGUUUUGGUCAACGACUAUGGCGGCGACCUCGAGGACCGACCUGGCACUAUCGCUGUCGCACAGGCUGUCGUCGAUGAAAUCGUAGCUAAGGGAGGAAUCGCCGUGGCACACAGUGGGGACGUUUCGAAGGAUUACAAGGACGUUGUCGAUACAGCGGUGCGGGAGUUCGGUACAGUCCAUAUUCUGAUCAACAACGCAGGCAUCACAGGCAAGAUAUCGCCGCAUGACAACGUGGAUCCCUCUGCCUUUAUGCGUGACUUGGAAACCUCUGUCCUUGGGACAGCCAUGCUCACCAGCGCCGUCUACUCGAUCAUGGCGGAGCAAAAGUACGGUAGAAUCGUCAACACUUCUUCAAAUGCGAUGUAUGGCCUGGGUUCAGCGGGAGAUUGCGCGUAUGGUGCUGCCAAAGCAGCCGCGUUUGCGAUGACUAGGCAGCUGGGGCGAUGGUCAGAGCGGGACGGUAUCAAGAUCAACUGCACCAUGCCAUCUGCCGCGUCGAGAAUGGGAGACAUAUCCGAAGGGACCAAACUGUCCGUGCUCUGGAGAAGUUUCUCCACAGGCGCAGACAGAGCUGCGCGAGAGGCAAUGGCUACAUUUCCUGGUCUGAAGGCGAAAACACCCGAACAGUUUCUGCAAAACUGGGAUAAGGUCAUGGGCAAAGGAGACCAACCAUUCCUGGCGGCAAGCACUCUUGAGCAGGUCCAGUAUGUCAUUCGUUAA